AUGUUGAAACCAUCUCAGCUUAUUUGUCAUCCAUCCAUAGUUUCAUCAUUCCAGAUGAUGAUGAUGAUGGUAGGGUUGGUGGUCCUGUGUUUCACACGUUGUUCAUUCAUUCGUCCUUGCCAUUCUGCUAUUCUUGGCGACACCUCCACCACCACGACUAUUGAUUUCAACCAUUCCAUCUUCCUAAAACAACAAGAAUCAUCAUCAGUUCCUUCUCCUCUCCUCUCACGAAAUGUCUUGAUUCUUUCACUUCCAUAUCCAGGACAUGUCCUUUCUCAAAUCGAGUUAAUGGAUUCUCUUUCGAAAAGUCCUCUCGUUUCGAAUAUUACCUUGAUGACAUUGGAUGUUGCAUUGGGUGCUGAUCCUCGUUUGAAACAAUGGUAUUCUUGUCAACAAAUUGAUCCUGAACAGAAUGAUCCUAAUAAUGAUGAAAAAACAAGAAUGUUGAACCAAUCAUGUCAUUUACAAUCCCAAAAUGACAAGAAAAUUCAUGUCAAGUUUAUAACAUCCACAAAACCAAAAGGUCACGAAGAAGAAUUCUUUCGACCCGAACACUACAAGCAAUUGAUGCAACAAGCCUCACAAAGCAAUAUUCAUCAAGGUGUUGAGAAGGGAUUUGAAAAAGCCAUUCGUCCCAUUGAAAAAUUGUUAAUUGAACAUUUGGAACUUGUGGAAAUUGAGGAUCAUCCUGUUGAAUACUUUUCAACUCGUUCCAUUCAAAAAGUGAUACCAUUUACUGAUCGAAAAGGUCGAUUGGAACAAUUGAAGUAUUAUUCUCCAGAACAAACUUCACAGAGAGGAGGCAAAUAUGUGAAACGAUUUGUUCGAAUUAAGAAUGAUCCUUCUCAAACUUUAUUUGCACAUGUGAAUGUGGAUUUAGCAUUUUUCGCGAUACAGGGAAUUGUUGCAAAGAGUCAAGUGUCGUGUUCUAAAAUUUAUGGAACAGUACUUCCUCAUAAUUUGUUUCAUUAUCCUUCAUAUAGUGCUGACAAGUUGGAAUAUUUCACAAAUCCUUGGAAACGUUUGACAGUCAUGCCAUAUUUGGCGUGGAAAGAAAUGCUUUUUGGAAUACAAUUAAUUUCAAAAAUGGAAGAAUACUCUUCAUUGGAUGAGCACUUGUUGAGUGAACAAACUUGUGCAAGAUUUCAAAUUUAUAGUUUUGGAUUUGAGUUCGCAUCAAAAAGCAGUCAACAAUUGAACACUUUUCUUGUGGGACCUUUUAUUCAUGAAAAUCACAUCAAGAAUGAAUUGGAACGAUUGCAACAACUCAAUGUGGAUGUUUCACAAACAGAGAGUGGUUAUUAUGGAUUAUUGGAUUGGAUCCACUCUCAACAGGAUGUCAUGCUUUCCAUUUUGGGAUCCACCACAGUCAUGGAUCGUGACGAGUUGCUGAAAUUUAUCAACUCAAUGAUGGUUUCUAUUGAGGGAAAUUCACACAUUUCCAUACUACUCUCAUUGGGAACAAAUAAUAUGCAAACAUUUCAUUCAUUGUUGGAAGAAAGUACCAAAAACGGUAAUAACCAUGAUUGGACAACGAUGAGUUUGACCUCAUUACUGACACAUCCUCGAUUUCGUUUAUUGAAAGGAUUUGUACCUCAGAGAGGACUUCUCUCUUUGGAUAAGAUUAAGAUAUUCUUGACACAUUGUGGAGCAAAUUCUGUUGCAGAAGCUCUUUAUUUUGGAAAACUCUUAAUAGGAAUGCCCUUCUCGUUUGAUCAUGUACGAAUUUCAAACGCCAUUCAAGAAUUUGGAGUUGGAAUUUCGUUAUAUACUGCAAAAGGUGAAAGUUAUUCUAUUGAGAAAAUGUCAAAUGCCAUUCAGAAAUUACUCUAUUCACCACUCGAGAGUAGGAACUAUCAGUCCACUGUGAAAAAAGUGAAAACCAUCAUGAAAUAUUCAGGAGGAAUGAAAAAAGUGGUUAAUGUCAUUGAAAUGAUGCUGGAACUUGAUGGUGAUUUAUCCUCAUGGACCUUAACAGAUCAUCAUUUGACAUGGUAUCAAUAUUACUGGUUGGACAUUAUUACCUUUUAUGGGAUACUUAUGGGACUUGUUGUGAAACUUGUGGUUUGGGGUGUUGUGAAAUUGAAGAAGUUAUUAUUAUUGCAUUGGUUGAAAUCAAGAGAGAAGAAAACUCAGUGA